AUGGAUGUGUUACAGAGCCACCGAGCAGAAAUGCUAACCAUAGCAAUGGCUGUGGUGGCUAUUGGUGUUGGUACGGCCUACUACUUCUACGUCACCAAGAAACCAAAAGGUUGCUUGGAUCCUGAGAAAUUCAAGGAAUUUAAACUUGUUAAACGCACUCAGCUCAGCCAUAAUGUGGCUAAAUUUAAAUUUGCUCUUCCAACACCAACAUCAGUGUUGGGACUUCCUAUUGGACAGCAUAUUAGCUGCAGAGGAAAAGAUAGCCUUAAUGAAGACGUUGUCAAACCAUAUACCCCAACAACUUUGGAUUCAGAUGUUGGAUACUUUGAAUUAGUCAUAAAGAUGUAUCCGCAAGGAAGGAUGUCUCACCAUUUUCAAGUGAUGUGUGAAGGUGACUAUCUGGCGGUAAAAGGACCUAAGGGACGGUUCAAGUAUCAGCCUAACCAAGUUAGAGCUUUUGGGAUGCUAGCUGGAGGCACUGGCAUCACUCCGAUGUUCCAGGUUGCUAGAGCCAUAUUGGAAAAUCCCAGUGACAGAACAAAUGUACAUCUUAUAUAUGCCAAUGUCACAUAUGAGGACAUUCUAUUGAAACCUCCUGAAAUUUGGGAAGGUGGUGUUGGGUUCAUAUCCAAGGAAAUUAUUCAAACUUACUGCCCUGCACCAGCACCUGAUAUUAAGAUUUUAAGAUGUGGGCCACCACCCAUGAACAAAGCUAUGGCUGCUAACCUCGAGAGUCUGGGAUACAGUCCGGAAAUGCAGUUCCAGUUUUAG